ACCCUUUUGCCCACACUCAUACCCAUCAUCAUCAUCUCUACAUACACUCACACCCACAUGAAUGUCUUCAUAAAUACUAUUGUAUAGUACUGGUCCAAGGAUCCAAGUUGCGAGAGAGAGAUAGUGAGUGCGGAGCCCCCAAUCUUGUGAAAUUUCUAGAAAAAGAAACAAUACCCUUUCCAGAGAGAGAGAGAGGAAAGAAAAACACUGUUCUAUUACCAAACGAAAAAGAAGCGAAAGAUGAAGAUUUGGUGUGAUGUGUGUGAUAAAGAAGAAGCUUCAGUGUUUUGUUGUGCAGAUGAAGCAGCUCUUUGUAAUGGUUGCGAUCGUCAUGUUCAUUUCGCCAAUAAGCUCGCCGGCAAGCAUCUCCGUUUCUCUCUCACUUCUCCUACUCCCAAAGAUGCUCCUCUCUGCGAUAUUUGUGGGGAGCGGCGUGCAUUAUUGUUUUGCCAAAAAGACAGAGCAAUACUGUGCAGAGAGUGUGACAUUCCAAUACAUCAAGCCAAUGAGCAUACUAAGAAACACAAUAGGUUCCUUCUUACCGGCAUCAAGCUCUCAGCCUCCCCAUCCGCAUACCCGAGAGCCUCCAACUCUGGUGCGACAUUGGGCCAGGCCAAGACUCGACCCAAAUCAGUAUCAGGGGAGGUCCCGAGCUCGGCCUCCAGUGAGGUCUUUGCGAGCUCUCCUUCCACGACUACAAGCAAUUACUAUUAUGGGCUAGAGGAAACCUAUCAGCAAGCUAGCGAUUCGGGCUCUGGAUCGGGUUCAGGCAGUAUAUCAGAGUAUUUGAUGGAAACGUUACCGGGCUGGAGAGUGGAAGAUUUGCUUGAAGAUCCUUCUUGUGUCUCCUAUGAGGACAACAACAAUAUUUUUACUAAGAACAAUAAUAAAGGGGUUAACGAUGGUUCUUCUUCACAAUAUCAGCAUCAAGGCUUUUGGGAACAAAAGCCCUUCUCCUGAACCUUUUUGUUUUGUUUUGUUGGUUGGAGUCUUGUCUUUUUCUUUGGUUGUUGGGGGUAAUUACGAAUACAAACCAACUUCUUGUUUCUGUUUCGCAUUAAUUUGUUUCUCUUUCACAACCAGAAUUUUGAUUUAGAUUUGACAAAUUUUGACUA